ACAUGCAGGAUUGUUCUGAAUGCCCAGAAGAACAAUAUCCAAGCAAGGACAAAGAUUCAUGUCUUCCCAAAAAAAUAUCUUUCUUAUCCUAUGAAGAACCAAUGGGGAUAACUUUAGUCAUUCUGGCACUUUCUCUUUCUUUUUGCACUUUUGGAGUGCUGGCAACAUUUUUGAAGUAUCACCAUACUCCCAUUGUCAAGGCCAAUAACCGAAAUCUCACUUAUGUUCUACUCAUCUCCCUCCUUCUCUGCUUCCUUUGCUCACUGCAGUUCCUUGUUGCACCUGGAAAUAUAAUAUGUCUCCUUCGACAAAUUAGCUUUGGCAUCAUCUUCUCAGUGGCCGUGUCUUCUGUGCUGGCAAAAACUAUCACUGUGGUUCUGGCUUUCAUGGCCACCAAGCCAGGAUCCAAGAUGAAGAAAUGGGUAGGAAGAGGCUUGGCCACAUCCAUUGUUCUUACUAGUUCCUUGAUUCAAGCAGGCAUCUGUGCUGUAUGGCUCAUCACAUUUCCCCCUUUCCCUGAAGUUGACAUUCAUUCAGAUUUUGAAGAAAUUGUACUGCAGUGCAAUGAAGGCUCAGCUACCAUGUUCUACUGUGUCCUAGGAUACAUGGGUUUUCUGGCAGCUGCCAGUUUCACAGUAGCUUUUUUCUCCAGGAAUCUCCCCAGCAGUUUCAAUGAGGCCAAAUGUCUCACAUUCAGCACUUUGAUCUUCUGCAGUGUGUGGCUCUCUUUUGUUCCUUCCUACCUGAGCACCAAAGGCAAAUACAUGGUGGCCGUGGAGGUUUUCUCCAUUUUGGCCUCAAGUGCUGGGUUUCUGAUCUGUAUAUAUUUCCCAAAAUGUUAUGUAAUCAUUGUUAGGCCAGAGUUAAAUAAAAGAGAACAACUUAUUAAAAGAAAAAAAUGUUAA